AUGAUAUGUUUGCGCCAUGCUGAGAAACAGCAGCUGUUCUGUGUGGAUGACCAACAGCUGGUGUGUAUGCAGUGUGUGGCUCAGGACCACCAGGAUCACAACUUCUGCUUCAUCAGCAAAGUGGCCAGUGAACACAAGACCCAACUUCACCAACCACUGCAGCAACUUCAGACCGAUCUGAAAACCCUGAAAUCAAACCAGGAUAAAUUUGAUCGCACAUCUACAGAACAGCUCCAGUCUCAAGUUCAGCAGACGGAGAAGCAGAUAAAGCAGGAGUUUGAGAAGCUUCAUGAGUUCCUCAGAGAGGAGGAGAAGACCAGGAUUGCUGCACUGAAGGAGGAAGAGAAAAAGAAAAUGCAGAUAAUAAAUGAAAAGGUUAAAGAAGCUGAUGACUUGUGUUCUGGUCUCUCUGAGCGAAUUAAAGAGAUUGAGGAUGACAUGAAGGGUGAUGACAGUGUGUUCUUACACAAAUUCAAAGAUAUACAGGAGAGAGCUAACUACGCAGUGCCAAAUCUACAGCUGAAGGUUGCUCAUCUGAUUGAUGUGACCAAACACUUGGGGAACCUAAAAUACAAAGUGUGGGAGAAGAUGAAGGACAUCUGCCCUUACUAUCCAGUGAUUCUGGACCCAGCUACCAAAACGCUUAAACUGAAACUUUCUGAGGAUUUAAGUAGCCUUACUUCUGAACGAAGGCUGACUCCAAACUCACCAGAGAAGAAUAUCAAGCUAGUACUGGGCUCAGAAGGAUUCACUUCAGGAACUCACACCUGGGAGGUAGAGGUUGGGAACAACCAAUGGUGGGCUGUUGGAGUCAUCAAAGAAUCAGCUAUAAUCAGAAACUUUUCAAACAGCUCAGUACUAAUGUAUCAGUUUAAAGGUAAAUGUUCAUGGAAUCCAGCAGCUCCAAAGUUCAUGAAAGUCCGUGUGAUUCUGGAUUUUGAGAAAGGCCAAGUGAUGUUCACUGAUCCUGAUACCAACACAACGUUACAAACACAACCAUACAAAUUUAAUGAGAAAAUGUACCCUUGCUUUUAUACACAUAGCCAAGUUCCACUGAAGAUUCUACCAGCAAAAGUAUCAGUGUCUAUGUAGGUGAUAAUCACUCCAACAGUUUGAAGCACGGUCAACUAGAAAGAAUAACAGACCUCUAUCAGACUUUCUGAUAUAAGCAAGUUAUAAAGAUGCCAAUCUAAGUCAAUUCCUGGCUUGCCUUGAUGUAUGAACUGGGCUGUGUACAACCCCAAUUCCAAUGAAGUUGCGACGUUGUGUAAAACAUAAAUAAAAACAGAAUACAGUGUUUUUAUUGACUACAAUAUGUAACAAAUAACACAAUUAUAGUAAAUAAACAAAAAUAACAUUUUGGUUAAGAAACAA